UUCAAAAAUGAAGUCAGACUUUGUGUUCGCAACAGUUACUAGUUUUCUAUCAUUAUUGUCAAUAGUGCAGAGCUGGGGGGCCUACAAUGUCCUGUACCAAUGGAAAAUAAUCCAAUAUAAUAUUCCAUCUAACGUUCAACUGAAUCCUGCAGAAUAUAAACCGCAGAACAAUUUGAUUUCGCUGUUGGCAAUAUACGAAGAUCGUAUGUGGCUCGUAACCCCUCGAUACCUGCGAGGUGUCCCAGUUACUUUGAGUACCAUUCCAUAUAAAGACAAAUUACAUUGGUGGGACCAAUUUUUCUUCCCGAGUCCGAUACUGCAACCAUUUCCUAAUUAUGAAAUGAAUAAAAUCGGUGAUUGUGAUGCAUUACAAUUGGCCCAUGCACUAGACAUCGAUCAGUUUGGAAGACUGUGGGUAGUCGAUGUUGGUAGAAUAGAUAUUUUGGAAGAAACGACUCGCAAUUUGUGUCCAGCCAAAUUGGUUAUAUUUGACGUUAAAAAUGGUCGGAGUGAUAAAAUAUUUACUUAUACGUUUCCGGACGACGUGGCUCCACCAGAAUCCAAUAUUGUAAAGGACAUUCAAGUAGCUUGUGAAACGAAAGAUGAUUGUUGGGCUUACAUAGCUGAUAUUUCUUUGUCCAGAUUGGUUAUUUACGAUCACAAAAGAAGAGAAUCCUGGACAGCUGAACAUCCAUCAAUGGCACCAGAUCCAAACGAAUCAAUUUUUUUUAUUAAUGGAGUACAAACAUCACGUCUUUUCGGGAUAACUGGAAUCGGUCUGGCUCCUAUAAAAUUCAAAUUUAGUUAUUUGUUAUAUUCUCCAUUGGCCAGCAAAACUUUGUACAAGGUUGAAAGUGACACUCUGAAAAAUCCACAUUUGAAAUUGAACGGAACUUUAAACGAGAACGACGUAAUCGCUUUGGGUGAAAAACCAGGCCAAUCGGAUGGUUUUGCCAUGACCAGCAAAGGUCGUUUGUACUACGCAGAUUUGCCGAAUUGCAGUGUAAUAUCAACAGACACAGAUCCUGAAAUGACGCACAUUGCCGAACAAAAAACUGUAGCUCAAAGUUACGUAGACCUUUUGUGGCCGAAAAACUUUGCUUUUGAUGGCAAAGGUAAACUAGCUCUAACAUCAACUAAGUUUCAUCUGAUUCAAGCAACUAAUCCCACUGAAUAUAAUUUUCGUGUUAUAAUUUUGAGACAUACUGGACAUGUGUACGCUUACAAUAGUCGCUAAAAUUAUAGUUUUCUAUGAACAAAUAGUAGAUUACGUCAGUGGGUCCAAAUUUUUGUUUUGACGAUUUUUUGAUCGACAAUACUCGAUAGAAGUAAGUCUGGUGGUAAAAUAUAAAUGCAAUAACACCAACAGCAGCGAUCGUCAUCUACAGUUGAGCAGUUAUG